UCAGACGAAUCAUCGUUUCGCCUUCUGAGAGACCGAGUCAAUAAAACCGAGCGACAUUGUUUCUCAGCCUAUAUUUCAAACAUUGAAAAUUCUAUUAAAACAAACCCUAAGGCAUUCUGGUCGUACUUAAAAAGUAAAAACAAUAAUAGUACAUUUCCCUCUUCCAUGUCUCUUGAUGGUGUAACUUCUGACACUGGCCAAGGUAUUAGCGAACUUUUUUCAUCAUACUUUCAGUCAACUUUUUUGAACCACUGUAAUAGUAAUAUUUCCUCUAGCAACGCUAAACAGAACUUAUUUAAUAAUAUAGCCCCCUCUAACUCAAAUUGCGAUAUUGGCUCAGUGGAAAUCAAUGCAUCUGAGGUUGAGAGACUACUGCGUUCAUUAGAUCUGACCAAAUCUGCAGGGCCUGAUACCAUACCAGCCGUUUUCUUAGUAAAUUGUGCAUCUGAAUUAAGUGUACCGGUUGCAUUACUCUUCCAACGCUGUAUCAAUGAAGGUAUUAUGCCGUCUCGCUGGAAAGCCGCCUUUAUUUCACCAAUUCAUAAAAAGGGCUCCAAAGACUGCGUCGAGCACUACAGACCUAUAUCCAAACUGUGUCUACUGUCUAAGAUCCUGGAGCGCAUUAUCUACACGCAGCUCUACAGCGCUCUGAAGCAUACGUUUAGUCCAGCCCAACACGGUUUUCUAAAACAAAGAUCCACGGUCUCUAACCUUUUAAUUUUUAGUGACUUUGUUACAAGUAAUAUGGAUAACGGUGAUCAAGUCGACGCAAUAUACACUGUUUACAGUAAAGCCUUUGACCGAAUAGACCACUGUUUACUCCUGAACAAGCUUCAUCUUGCUGGCAUUAGAGACGACAUGAAAGUAUUUAUGGUCGUCAAUAAUGCUGCUGAUGCCUUAUGUCUGCAAGAGGAUCUAUGUAGACUUGACCGCUAUUGCGUGAGUAACAAGUUAGACCUAAAUGUCGCCAAGUGCUACUGUGUUACCUUUUCUAGAAAGAGACAUUUGUUCGAAGCUUCUUAUACAAUCAAAGGUCAAAACUUAGCAAGGGCGCUCUCAUCGCGUGAUUUAGGUGUCACCUAUGAUAGUAAAUUACUAUUUGAUCAGCAUAUUGACCAUAUUGUAAGUAAAGCGUCCAAAUCUCUUGGUUUUAUUAUGCGAGCCUCUAAGCCUUUUAAAUCAAUGAAGACUGUAAAGCUGCUGUAUUGUGCGUAUGUUCGAAGUCAUCUUGAAUAUGCCAGCCAGAUUUGGAACCCUCAAUACGAUGUUUACAUAAAUAGGCUGGAGAAGAUACAGAGGAAGUUCACACGCUACAUCGGAUUUAAAUUUAAGAUUCCCUACACCGACUACGAACACCGCUGUGAACGCCUCCAUCUCCUUCCCCUUAAACUCCGUAGGACAGUAGCAGACGUUAUUUUCCUUUUUAAAAUAAUUAGAGGUUACGUAGACUGUCCGGAGCUGCUCCAGAUGGUAAACUUCCAUGUCCCAACCAGACCAUCCAGGAAAUUUAAAACCCUCCACAUACCUGCUUGCAGCACUAAUUUCCGUCAAAAUUUCUUUUCCUUACGAGCAAGUAAUGCAAUUAACAGUCUCUGCAACUCAAGCGAGGUCGAUAUAUUUGGCAGUAGUUUGGAAACGGUCAAAGCAAUUUUUAUCCGCAAUUUCGUGUCGUCUUUGGCGUAGCGGCAGUAGUAGUGUAUUAUUAUUAUAUUAUUAAGCCGUGCACGUUGCUUUGUAUAAAUGUUUCAUGUCAUUGUAUAGGUAAGUAUUUGGUA